UUUUUCUCUUUUUUUUUUUUUUUUUUUCUUCCUCAUCAGAGCUGACCUGUCAGCCUCCCUUCAUCCUCGCGAUGACCACCAAAUCUCUCUCGCUCUCCCUCUGGGAAAGAGUCGAUCUCUUCAUUUCACAGCUCUCCGCCUUUGGAUCGGUUCUGUGCCGCGCCCUCACCGGGGUCUUUCGCGGUCAAUCUGGCGCAAAGACUUACAAGCUUCAUGUCGGCAAUUCGCUAAUCAGAGCAUUCGGCAGCCGGUUGAGCCCCAGACAGUUUCAACAUGUUUAUCCGCCCACCAAAUCCGCCUACGAGACCUUCAUGAAAUCCAAAGGCAUUGAGCCCGAAUCCGUGACUCUUAAUGACGGCGCCACAGCCCAUUGGAUCGGGAAUAAGAACGCGAAGAACGUGGUGGUCUAUUAUCAUGGUGGAGGCUUCGUUAUCCCCGCCGCAGACGGCCACUUCGAAUUCUUCACUUCCCUCGUCGCCCGCCUCAACGCCGCCAACCACGACGUCGCCAUCUUCUUCCUCGCCUACACCCUCGCCCCGCAAGAAAUCUACCCUGUCCAGCUGCGCCAAUCCGCCGACGCCCUGCGCUACAUCCUCACCGAGACCGGCCGCUCGCCCAGCAACGUAGUCGUGGGCGGCGACUCUGCCGGCGGAAACCUCGCCCUCGCCCUCCUGCUGCACCUCUCGCAUCCCCACCCGGAUAUCGAGCCGCUCGGCCAUGCGCUGUCUAGUCCCCUCGCGGGCGUCGUUGGCUUCGCGCCGUGGGUCGACUUCGGUGUCGACGGGCCCACCAUCCAGCAGAACCGCGACAAGGAUAUGAUCCCUGAGAUUGCGCUGGUGAAUUGGUCGCGAGAGUAUCUGGGCGGGAAGGAAGGCGAUGAGUGGAGUGAGCCGAACCGGGCGCCCGUCGAGUGGUGGCGAGAUGCGCGGGAGAAGACGCAGCGGUUGUUGUUUUUGACUGGGAAUGAUGAGAUCUUGUUCUCGGCUAUUGAUGCCUUCGUGAAGAAGGUGCAGACGGUUGUGCCGGAUGCCACUUAUGUCGUUGGACAUCGAGAAACCCACGUUGCACCGGUUUACAGCGGCCAGUUCCUCAACGAGGAGACGCAGCAAGGUAAGGCGCUGGAGAGCUGGUUGGCCGCUCUAUUCUAGCGCAACAACAUUGGAGUUCCUUGUUUCUCGUUUCUUCUUUUUUGGAUUAUCUCUGCCGAUCACGAUCUAGUUUAUGAUCUACAGCGCAAUACCCAGCUCAGCAGGUCGCACGACGUUGGAAAGCGACAGAAUGUGUAACAAGCUCAACAACCAUGGUCGAGUCUCGUCUUAGUUUCUUUCUAGGUAUCACAAAUAAUAACGUCUAUUGG